AUGGCCGACUUCGAGGCAUUGAAGGAUCAAUGGAGCGAGAUCGAGGACAGAGAUGGCAUCCGCCUCAGCUGGAACACGUUUCCUAGCUCACGCAUGGAAGCGUCGCGCCUUGUUGUACCCAUUGGCGCCCUGUAUACACCCUUGAAGGAGAAGACGGAUACUCCUCUACUUCAGUAUGCGCCUGUUGCUUGUCGGCCGCCCUGCAAGGCUGUCCUCAAUCCUUUCUGCCAGGUUGAUAUGCGCGCCCGCGUGUGGAUAUGUCCCUUUUGUCUCCAGCGCAACAACCUGCCACCGCACUACAAGGACAUCUCAGCAGAACAGAUACCCCCGGAACUGCACCCUAACAGCACCACCAUCGAAUACCGACUGCCCCAGCCAGUUCAGACCCCACCCAUCUUCAUCUUUGUUGUAGAUACCUGCCAGGAGGAGGACAGCUUGAAGGCGCUUAAGGACUCCAUCAUCAUGAGCCUGAGCCUGCUCCCACAGUAUGCGUUGGUUGGUCUGGUCACAUUUGGCACUAUGACGCAAGUCCACGAGCUUGGCUACACUGAAUGCGCCAAGUCAUACGUCUUCCGCGGCAGCAAGGACUACUCCACCAAGCAAGUCCAGGAUAUGCUUGGCUUGGGACAACUAGGUGCUCGUCCAAAUGUUCAGCAGCAGCCUGGACGGCCUCCAGUUGUGCCCCCAGGGGGGGCCGGCGCCCGCUUCAUUCUCCCUGUGUCACAAUGCGAAUUCCAGUUGACCAAUGCUCUCGAGCAGCUGCAGAGGGACCCCUGGCCAGUUGCGAAUGAUAAACGUCCCCUGAGGUGUACUGGUGUUGCAUUGAGUGUAGCGGCAGGGCUUCUGGAAGUGCCUCCAUUCGUGAACACGGGAGCGCGCAUCAUGCUGUUCAGCGGUGGUCCAGCCACAGAAGGUCCCGGCAUGGUAGUCGGGCCUGAGCUACGAGAGCCCAUGCGCUCGCACCAUGAUAUCGAUCGCGACAACAUUAAAUACUACAAGAAGGCUCUGAAAUUCUACGAAGGCCUCGCGAAGCGCGUUUCGCACAAUGGGCAUAUUGUUGAUAUAUUCGCCGGAUGCCUCGAUCAAGUUGGUCUACUCGAGAUGAGGGGCCUUGCCAACACAACCGGUGGACAUAUGAUCCUGACCGACAGUUUUACAUCGUCCAUGUACAAGCAGUCAUUCGCACGAGUCUUCAACAAGGAUGCUGAGGACAACUUGCUCAUGGCUUUUAACGCGAACCUUGAGGUUCUCACGACCAAGGAGCUAAAGGUCACUGGUCUCAUCGGCCACGCCGUAUCACUUAACAAAAAGUCGGUUUCAGUCGGCGAGACUGAAUGUGGUAUUGGAAACACAUGCGCAUGGAAGAUGUGCGGUAUCGACCCUGAGUCGUCCUACGGUAUCUACUUCGAGAUCGCCAGCCAGGGUGGGCCAAACCAAAUGCAGGCGGGCCCUCAAAAGGCGAUGAUGCAAUUCCUUACAUAUUACCAACACGCCGCUGGUCAAUACCAUCUUCGAGUUACCACCGUCGCUCGGAACCUGAGUGGGCCAUCAGGCGACCCUGCUAUCGCCCAAUCGUUCGAUCAAGAAGCUGCUGCUGUGCUCAUGUCAAGAAUAGCAGUCUUCAAGGCCGAGGUUGAUGAUGGUCCAGACGUUCUGCGAUGGGUCGAUCGAAUGCUUAUCCGUCUGUGCUCUCGCUUUGCAGAAUAUAGGAAAGAUGAUCCACUCGAGAAGAACUUCACACUGUACCCACAGUUCAUGUUCCAUCUUCGACGAUCGCAGUUCCUACAAGUCUUCAAUAAUUCACCAGAUGAAACUGCAUUCUAUCGACAUGUACUCAACCAUGAGGACGUGAGCAAUUCUCUCAUUAUGAUUCAGCCAACACUCGACAGCUACGGCUUCGAUCACGAGGGCGGGCAACCUGUUCUACUAGAUUCGAGCUCCAUUCAGCCCGAGACCGUCCUACUCCUCGAUACGUUCUUCCACAUUCUCAUCUUCCAUGGAGAAACUAUGGCUGAAUGGCGAAAGGCUGGUUACCAAGAGCAGGAGGGGUACGAAAACUUCCGAGCGCUCCUGGAAGCCCCAAAGGAGGACGCCAAGGAACUCAUUCAGGACCGCUUCCCACUGCCGCGUUUCAUUGUGUGCGAUGCUGGUGGUUCACAGGCACGUUUCUUGCUUUCCAAGCUCAACCCUUCGACAACGCACACUACAGGCAGCUAUGGUGGUGUAGCUCAGACCGCGCAGACUAUCUUUACCGAUGACGUCAGUCUGCAAACGUUCAUGGACCACUUGAUGAAACUGGCUGUUUCAGGCACUAGCUAG